CUUUGUUCUGUGUUGCACCCUCCGGCUCCGUGCCGGCCGAACGUUCGCGAGCUUUUCAAAUUCUUUCGAAAGUUUCGCACUUUAUGGUCCUUCGAAGGCGCGUUUAAGCGUGGACUUGUGGGAUUAUCUUCUAUGAUCAGAUGUUGUAAUUUAAUCGAGCCACUUCCAUUCCAAGUCAGGCGAGGCAGAUCCUUGGAAAGUUCGAACGGCAAAGCGCAGUGCGCUCGGUAAUGGUUUUCUAACCGACUCUGAUAAAUAGCUGAGUGACACUGACCACUUAGGAGAGAAGUGAUUGUAAUUUAGUGAGUGAAAAAUCCACGGCAAAAUGCGCUCGCUCUUCCCAAUAUUGAUCUACGCCGCUCUGCUCAAAGGUUCCUGGCAGGCAACAAAAUUAAAAAUCGAUCCGGCGACUCUGCCCACUUUUAUAUCUUCUAGUCAAGUAUUUAAAGUGAAGGACGAGGACACCGUGACUUUACCAUGCGAGGUAUCCAAUCCCGGUCCUUACAUACGGGUGUGGAAGAAGGGAAUCGCUGUUUUAUCCGCCGGAAAUAUACGGGUGACCCCCGAUCCUCGGGUCACCCUGCAUCCCGAUUAUAGUUUAGAGAUCAAAGAAGUGGGCCCGCAGGAUGCCGGAGAUUAUGUCUGCCAAAUAGGUACACUGCAACCGAGGGAAAUCACGCAUACUGUGGAAAUAUUGGUACCUCCCAGGAUACACUACGUCACGUCAAAUGGUCGGGUGGAGGUAAAAAAGGGCUCGACUGUAAGAUUGGAAUGCAAGGCUUCGGGAAAUCCGGUUCCGAAGGUGACGUGGUCCAGGAAAAAUAACAUGCUCCCCGGAGGUGAACAGACUGUUACAACGCCCGCCCUUACCCUCGACAGGGUAGACAGGCAUCACGCGGGGACUUAUCAGUGCGUAGCGAGCAACGGAGUGGGGGAAGACGUCAGGGAACAGAUACUACUGCAUGUCCUCUAUCCUCCGGAGAUAACUGUGGAGCGUCCUGUGGUGUAUUCUGGAGAGGGGUUAGAAGCCCAACUGGUAUGCCUCGUUCACGGAGAGAGUCAGCCUGAAGUAUUAUGGUAUAGGGAUACAAUGCAGCUGGACACUACAGAAAGGAGGAUCAUGGAGUCGCGUGGUUCCAGACAUACUCUUAUCAUCCGCAGAGUCACUAGGCAAGAUUUCGGCAACUACACCUGCGUAGCCGACAACCAGUUAGGGAAAACUAGGAAAAGCAUUCAAUUGACCGGCAAGCCUUUGCCCGCUAAAUUCAGCAGCGCCAUGAAGGGUAGAUGGAGAGAGAGCUACAACAUCAGCUGGGAGGUGGAAUCUCUCAGCCCCAUCGAAGAAUAUAAGCUUCUAUUUCGCAGACUUCCCGAUCCGACAGGUUCUUCAGACGAUAGCCAACCCCAACCGCUACACCAUCAGAGCCAGAAAAAGCUUUUCUUGGGGAAAGAUAACAAAACAUAUUCGGCAAUCGGAUACGGCUACAACAGGCCAACGAAAGAUCGUCGACUCGAUUGGCGAGAUGUUAUUUUGCCGGCAAUACCCGCACAACCGGCAGGCGUUCAAUCUAUGAGCUACGUUAUCAGAGGAUUGGAACCCGGUCAGCAAUACGAAGCCAGAGUUCAGGCGCGGAACAAAUUUGGAUGGGGGCCUGUGUCCGACGCUUUCAAUUUUCAGACAACCGAGACCGACGAUAUGGCGACCGAAAAAAGACUCCUGUUUAACGAACGCACAAUGGACGACGUCCUCAGCAUAAGAUCGUACAAUAGGGGCGCUAACACUGUUGUAAGUUAUUUGGCCAUUUACCUAGCUUCGUGUGCUGCACGUUUCGUUUCGCUGUUUUUAUGUCUCCAUAGAUAAACUGUUUAAAAGCAAACCUUAAACAAUUCUCGUCUCUCUUAAGGUGUAAUGAAAUUUUAAAUUAUGACGUAAUAUGUGGCUGAAUUGUUGUAAAUAUCCUGUGUAAAUAAUAUAACAUAAUGAAAUAUAUACUAAUGAUAUACAUGGGCGCAUUCCACCACUUAUUUUUUGUAAAUAAAUCAAAAUAUUCUAGUAAACAUAUAAUAUUGAAAUGUCUGUGGUGUUAAAGUAAGAUUUCAACAACAAGAAAAAAGAGCGUAACAUUGAAUUUCCCUUACAUUAAGGCUUUUUUAUAAAUUUAUAGGUUAUUUUCUCAAAACAAAUUUAAGCAUGAUACAUGAUAUUAAUGUGUAGUAUUUCUGGAGGGAUAGGGGUUUUAGGCGACUUUUUCUUUUUCUUUCAAACGGAACCAAUGCUUAAAACCUAAAACCUUUUAUUCCGAGACUUUAAAUAGGGUGUUAUUUAUUAUUGAUUUUGAUUUCGAUGUGUAUACAUUAUAAAAUGAAGCUAUAAUAAAUGGUAUUUUU